AUGCUGUGGUCGGUUCUCAAGUUUUUCUUCGUGGCGAUGUUCUUCUAUUUUGUCUUUGUUCUCAUUCUAGUGCCCUUCUACUGUCUCUACCUUUUUCUUCGCUGGAUGUUCACAAAACCCAAACGUCUGGAAGGAAAAGAGUGGGAGGAAAAUAAACAGAAAAAAAUCAAGGAGCUCAAGCUAAAGAAAAGAAGGAGACGGAAUUAG